GGUCAUUUUCAUUCGGGAACUACCAGCUUCAGAGUCUGCAGGUUGAACAGCCAGUGAUCGCUAGGAAUCAAGCAGUAAGACCGAAAACACACAGCCAGCAUGUCUCUGUCCAACAAACUCACCCUGGACAAGGUGGACGUGAAGGGAAAGCGUGUCAUUAUGAGGGUUGACUUCAACGUUCCCAUGAAGGACAAGGCCAUCACAAACAACCAGAGGAUCAAAGCUGCAGUCCCGUCCAUCCAGCACUGUUUAGACAACGGUGCUAAAGCUGUGGUGCUGAUGAGUCACUUGGGCCGGCCUGAUGGUGUCCCCAUGCCUGACAAGUACUCUCUGGAGCCUGUGGUUGCAGAACUUAAGACCCUUCUGGGGAAAGAUGUUACGUUCUUGAAAGACUGUGUGGGUCCAGAAGUGGAGAAGGCCUGUGCUGAUCCUGCUGCAGGUUCCGUUAUUCUCCUGGAGAACCUUCGCUUCCACGUUGCUGAGGAGGGCAAGGGCAAAGAUGCUGCAGGCAACAAGACCAAAGCAUCUCAGGAGGAGAUAAACUCUUUCAGGGCCUCCCUGUCCAAGCUGGGUGACAUCUACGUUAACGAUGCCUUCGGAACCGCACACAGAGCCCACAGCUCCAUGGUGGGAGUGGACCUUCCUCAGAAGGCUGCAGGCUUUCUGAUGAAGAAGGAGCUGGAUUAUUUUGCCAUGGCCUUGGAGAAACCACAGAGACCUUUCCUGGCCAUCCUUGGAGGGGCCAAGGUCAAAGAUAAGAUUCAGCUGAUCAACAACAUGCUGGACAAAGUCAACGAGAUGAUCAUUGGGGGUGGCAUGGCUUUCACCUUCCUCAAGGUUCUCAAGAACAUGGAGAUUGGAACGUCUUUGUUUGAUGAGGAGGGAUCCAAAAUCGUGAAGGACCUUAUGGCCAAGGCAGAGAAGAAUGGCGUCAAGAUCACUCUCCCUGUCGACUUUGUCAUUGCAGACAAGUUUGAUGAGAAUGCCAAGACCAAUACUGCUACAGUAGAAGCUGGCAUUCCAGCUGACUGGAUGGGUCUGGACUGUGGUCCUGAGAGCUCCAAGGUCUAUUCAGAGGCUGUGAGCAGAGCCAAGCAGAUUGUGUGGAACGGACCUGUUGGUGUGUUUGAGUGGGACAACUUUGCUAAGGGAACCAAAAAUCUGAUGGACAAAGUUGUAGAAGUGACCAAAAACGGCUGCAUUACCAUCAUUGGUGGCGGAGACACAGCUACCUGCUGCGCUAAGUGGGACACUGAGGACAAAGUCAGCCAUGUGAGCACAGGAGGUGGAGCUAGUCUGGAGCUUCUAGAGGGUAAAGUCCUGCCUGGUGUAGAUGCCCUCAGCAGUGCAUAAAGACCUGGUGCUUGGUCUGCUGAAGCUGGAGUGCUCUCUACCCUGAAGAGGCCGUGGCUCUUGUUCAUUCACUCAGCGCUUGUUCGACACUAUCACCUAUCAGGGACGCAAAUGACGAAUACCCUUUUCUCUGCUGCAUCAACGGCUGAUGGUGUGCAGUGCUGGACUCUCUCACUGGUUCUUCAUAAAUGUUCAGUUACUCCACCAAUGUGUUAUUACCAUAUUGCCUACUGGGAGGCCUCACUCACACAGACAGUAUACUGGGUCCUUCUGCUCUGUUUUCCAGUAAGAAGAGUGUAAUCCCUGCAGCUUAGUGCCGUUAGUAGGUUUACCUCUCAUUCUAUUUGUCAUUUGUUUCACCUGCUGAAGUGUUAGUUUAUGUAUGUGUCUAUUUGUGUCCUCCUUGUAUAACUAAUAAGAGUAUUUACCAUACAUCGAACAUGUAAAGAUGAAAAUGUGGCGUGUGUGUGUGAUGUUACUGUAGAGUUUAUAUUUUAUAUUUGUUGCCUCUUUGCAGAAACUGUAUGUGAAACUGUAGACACUUUUUUCCCCCUCAUAAUGCACUUGUCAUCCUGGUUCUAUUGCUUACGGUAAGAUAAAUUCUCCCCAGUGGGUUCUCACAGAUGGGCUGACCCAGGUAGUCUGUCAUUGAAUAUAAAUAAAAAAGUGAAAAUAA